UCAGUCGCAAAUUUUAAUGGCCGCCAUAAUCAAUUCUCUCGAUAAUUCGGUGUUUUGAAGUUAAAUUUUGCGUCAGUGAUUGUAAAAAUGGAUAUAACAGCUAUGACAUCACGUUUGUCAGUGGAAUACAAUUAUAUUGCAUAUAUUUCCAAGUGUUUUGACCGCUGUUGCGAUAUGCAACAUCGAUAAAAUGGUGUUUGUUUAUAAAAACUGAACGACCCAGAUUUCGGAUGAAUUUCUUUUUUCUCGAUAGAAAACGUUAGUUUUUGACAAUUUAGUGUUGUUCAGAACAUUAACGUUUGUGCCAGUUGUAUCAUAAAGUCUAUGUGGAUUUCUUCGAGACUGCCAGAAGGCCUGUUUAGCAAUGUGAAGACCUUAACGUGAAAGAUGAGUGUUCUUAUGCGAUAUGGUGGUGUGACUGAACCUUCUUAUAUAGCACGUCCAGUUGCAGAGGACACCGAGUAUGAGGGUCCAGUGGAUAUGUCAAUGUCAGCGGAAGAGGCAUUCAGUUCCCCUUCUCAGACAUACCCAGGAUGCUUUGGUCUCCCUUAUCAGGACCACAACUAUGGGGCACCACCUCCCCCCACCCCUCCCCAGACCCCGCCCCUGAUUGCCGCACCCAUCAAGCCGGCAACGGAAAACAGCGUGGAGGUGAAGGAGGAGAUAGUUGUGACAUCGGACACGCCCAUCCUGACACGCCCACCUCCCUCACCCCAGCCCGAGUCAGAGCUGGAGGACACUGAUGAUCCCACGCGGUGUAUCUGUGACUUUGUCCAUGAUGACGGAUACAUGAUACAGUGUGAUCAAUGCAGUGUCUGGCAGCAUAUAGUGUGUAUGGGUCUGGACCGGGAUAGUAUCCCUGAUACGUACCACUGUGAGGUGUGUAAACCACGUCCGGUGGACCGGGCGCGUGCACGCGAGUUCCAGAUACGCAAACGGGAGUUUCUUAAGACACUUGUCGUUAAGCCCCAUGACUCGAGCACAGACACCUGCCCAGAGGAGGUCAAUAAUAGGCUGAAGGCCUACGGUCUAGAUCAGGGGGCAGCCAAACAGAAGCAGAAAAUGAAGCUGAAAAAACGAAAGGAACGAUCCAAGUCGAUGCCAAUUAAGCGGUUGAAGAGUAAAGAACUAAAGCCGGAGAAGGAGAACGCGAGUAAUGAGGCAAAUAGGAAAGCCAAGCUGCUGGUGAAAGAUUUCUCGUCAAAAUCUGCACAAGCAAGGAAAGAGAAGUUGAGUAAGAAGAUUGAGCGUAUGCGCGCAGAGCGGCUAAGCAAGGAAAUGCUUGAUGAUAAAUUUAGCAGCGAUGACCUGCGUGACGAUGAUAAGAUCAUUAACACCAUGUCCAGCCCACCCCUGAAUGAGGAAGAGAACGCUCAAGACCCUUGGGACAUGGAACACUUCAAUGAAUGGGAGCAGAGUUAUGAGACGGCACGUUACAACCAGUACACGACAUACGUUCAGGAGUAUCUCAACUCCACUUGUGUCAACGGACAUCAUAACGACAUAGCAGAUCUUGUGACUGACGGCCUGCGGGUUCAGCGCUGUCAACUCAAAGAACUGAAACACAAGAGAAAGGGUUUAGAGGCGUCGUGUAAGAUCCCAAAUGGUCAGCCAAUUAUCGAGGUGAUAGGCAAAGUGAUGACCAGACAUCAAUAUGACAAGGAUAACUUCGGACAGAGGCAAUUGAGCCCAUUUGUGUUUUUCUAUGGCACCGUGUUUGACCUUGACCUUGUUAUCGACGCGAGUGACUAUGGUAACGAUGCAAGAUUUAUACGGAGAUCAUGUCAGCCUAAUGCUGCAGUUCACCAUGUAGUGGCAGGUGGGCAGGCCCACUUUAUCACUGUGGCAACACGUGAGAUCCCAGAGGGGACUGAGAUCACCAUUCCCUUCGAUUACGACUACAAGAAAUGGAAUUUCUGUGUGGAAUGUGCCUGUUUGAGGAACAACUGUCCAGUAACAAGGUACCAAAAGAGACGUCUCCGCUUUCAGAAGUUACAACAACAGCAACAUGGAGGGUCACCACUGAAGAAAUAUCACAAACCUGGCGACAAGCUCCCAAAAUUGACAAUAAAAUCUCCCGUAAAACCACAUCCAAAAUCCCCCGUGAAGUCACCUGUAAAGAGCCCAGAAAAGCCAACUCCAGAAGUGAUCACCGCCACAGCAGAAGCCAUCAGUGUGAGUCAGUUGGCAGCCAGCCCGAUCAAGAUGCUUCGAAGGUCACAAGUGACAAAAGCUGGGAGCCAUGGGUCGUCGCACGGGAGAGUUCGGUCGUUACGAGUACCAUCACAGAACAAGGUGGAUCCGUCAGUGGCCUCUGACCUGAUAUCUGUAUCAGAGACAUCUUCCAUGCGAUCUUCCGAGGCUGACAUCUUGACCUCCCCAGAAUCCACAGGGAGAGACCCCACCAUUAAACAGGAGGAGGCGUCUGAUCAGCCAAAAUCUGAGAAGAAAAGGAAAAUGACACGGGAAGAGCGAAAGAUGGAGGCAAUCAUGAAAGCCUUUGAGAAGAUGGAGAAGCGUACCGCCCGAAAGACGAGCGUAGACACAUACAAGGGCGGCAAGGGGCCAUCAGACAGGAUCAAAACAGAGAGAGAUGAGAAAGACUUUAAAAGAGAUAUCAAGAAAGAGACGGACAGCGAAUCUGAGCCGGAAAGCAAACAGGAAGUUAAGACUGAGGUUGAUGUUACCUCCCCUGCGGAGAAACUCUCUCCAGUGAAGGUAGAAAAACCCCUGGAAUACUCUCCUGAGAAGAAUGUGAAGGUCGAAGGUGAACCAAUGGAAACCAAGGAAGAUGUUAAACCCACGCUUAGAGAACGACCUCCAGCCACAAAGGGGAAGAAGACAAAGAAGAGUGGCAGAAGGUGGGUUAUGUCUUAUACUUCUAAGAAAAGACGAGCCCGCAAUAUGAGUGGCGCGGGAAGUAUAAGCAUGGACACGCCUGCAGAAUCCCAGGAAGAGAACAGUAACCAUGCUUACCAUCUUCAGCCAGUCAGCUGUCCAGUCACACCCGCGAUCAUGGACAUGGCAGCUGAUGUUCCACCAGCUUUCAGGUUUCUGAAGACUAAAAGGCACUUGAUGAAUGAAUGGCUGAGUGAGAAGAGCGAGUCCAAACCAGUUGGUAAGAGUGAGCCGCUGGAGGUGUCGGUGGAUGAGAGCAUGUUUGUUACGUGCCUGCCCUCCCCGCGUAACUCCAUGGACAGGCUGAGACGGAACAGUGCGAGUGCUGGCGUUAGGGAAAGAUCCGUAUCGCUGAAUGUUGAGACUACUGCUGGAUCGGCUAAAAAGCGAUGGUUGCGGCAGGCAAUGGGUGAAGGGUCAGAGGUGACAGCCAAUUCACCAGUACCAGGGUCAGGAUGUCAGAGUCCAAACUCGGCAGCAAUGCCCAGCCCUGGGGGGUCACCACCUAUAGACUUUGUGACACCCCUAAAAAAGCGACGUCUGGCACGAGAGUCCAUGUCACACGACUCCAUCUCAUUGGAAUCCCCGGCACAGACCCCAACACCCACAGCUAGUGCAACGUCAACAGGAUACUUUGCCAGUCUGAGCGAGUCAUUUGAGAAUUUCAAAAGUAGAAAUGGAUUUAAUAUGCUCUUCUCUCCUUUGAAGCCAGUUGAGACUGAUACCAGGCCAGAGGAGAAGAGUGAACCCAUGGAGUUUAAUGUGAAAGAGGUGCAGUGUGACACAGGGGAGGUGGUGGAGGUAGCCCCUCCUGAAACGAGCCGUGAGGAGGGCCUCGCAACACAGUCAUGUGAGAAGGACGUAGUUUGUUCUGUGAGCUCGUGUGGUGCUGAUAUGGACAGCAGUGUUAAUAUAACGGGUACAAGUGGUAAUGAGUGUUCAGGCUCGUUGAUCUCAACUGCAGAAGCAAAGUCUUCCGAGGACUCUGUCGUCGCGAGUGAGCAAGCAGAUAAUAGUGAUCAAACGAAUGUUGUGGUCUGUGAUCAAAACUUGAAAAGUGCUAGUAAUUCUGAGCCAGACAGUAGUGAUAGUGCUCAUGUGGGUGUGGAAGAAAGUCAUGUGGAUGUUGAGUGUGAUAGUGGUACCAGUAAUCAGGUUCCAAUGGUCCAGGGAUCAAGUGAGAUGAUUGCUGAGACUGUGGAACCCUCUCUGGCUGGGGAAGUGGACAGUUCUGAAUCUUCUUCAGCUAGAGUUGCCACAGAAAUCAGCUCUACCCCUCACGUGCCUGCUGUUGAAAACAAUCAGUGUGAUAGUUGUAACAGUGAGAGACGAGACUCAUUGAAUUCCGACAAUACGAGUAGCUCGUUUCUACCCGACCCCUCAAAUGUAUCUGAUAAACUCUGUUCAUCAUCAUCUGUUUUAUCCACAACUUUUACUCAUGAUAGUGUUAAUGAUAGUGCCCAUGUACAAAGGAAUACUUUACCGUGUGUUGACUCAAGUACAGAUGAUGCACAAACUCAGUCGGAGAGUGUUUCUUCAGGCUCUGUUUUACCAGAAGCAGUGCUUUUAUUAUCACCUUCGCGAUCACUUCUAGCAGACAAUAUUGCCUCUCAUUCAACCUCAGAUAGUGAGGUGAGUAAUAGUAUGUGUGUAGAUAACCUUCAGUCCAAUUUUACAUCGCCAUUACCAGGAAGAAAUGUUGGUGGAUUAUCAGAUUCAUUUUCUGUAUCUUCUAAUGUCUCCACAACUCCUGGACUAAACCGCCACCUUAAGUUCUUGCAUGACAGUAGUUAUAGUGCUGAUACAACCGUGGAUUCUACCACACAGUAUAUCCCAAACAUCGGAGCCCCGAAUCUCAUGCAUUCUCCAGCUUUUCCCGCUACUGUUGGCUAUGACUCUGACUCAAUGGAUGUAACGUCAGCGUCAGAGCCAGGGUAUUCGGCCAUGAUGGAGGAUGGACAGCAGACCAGUGAUGAUUUGAUGACCAUUUACACUGAAUCUCUCUCCAGCACCUGUCCUGAGUCUUCACAACCACCAAAAGAAAAGAAGAAGGUAAGUUUACAAGAAUACCUGAAACGUAAAAAGGAGAAGACAAGUACCUCAACCACUAGCCCCUCCACAUCAUCAGGGGUUUCCGAGCCCCCUCCAACAGCCCCACCCCUCAGUACGGUCUCCAGCACGACGACCACAUCCCCCCUUAAACUGAGCACUCCCAUCACCCUAGAGAUUCUGGAAAGGAAACUACCGCCUCUCCCAUCACUUCCAUCACUGCCUAUGUUUGAGAAGACUGAGAGAAAAGAGUUUAAAAGUUCUUCAGACCUCUUGUCACCAAUUUUCAACCGGCGAGAGAAACAGGAGGAGGUUCGUAAGCCAAUGAGCCUUUCCGAGCGUCUCAGGCAGGAGUUUGGGUUGGAUGAUGCCACAGAUACAGACACUGAUACAGAGGCCAAAAUUGACUUGAGCAGCAAGGCGGAGUCCAAUGAGAGGGAUGCUCCCCCACCCCCUCCGCCACCACCCCCACAGUCUGUGACACGUCCCUUAAGGAUGACCAAUGGGGCACCAACUAUCUCACCCAUCAUCAAACCAUUCUCAUCUAGCAAGCCAGGUCCCCCUCUCAGCACUGCCACAAAGCCUGGGGACAUGUUAACCCAGUUAGGGGUCAGCCCUGUGACCCCGAUAGCGCCGGGGUCAGCUAUGCCACUGAUGGUGCCCCCAUCAGGCCCCAUCCCGCCCCAAACCAUCAAGCCACUGCCGGGUACUAAAUCUUCACCCAACCUCACAGGACUAGCAGCAAGCAAGAGCCCCAUUCAUGGCUCGCUCAGCACCCUGCUCUCCAAUGUGAAAACCCCACAACAAAUACAGAAUGAUCUCACUGUCCAGCUGGCAGCUAUCAAAGCUCAGCUUAACAAAGUACAGCAAGCUCAGCAACACCAGGGCAUGCCAUCAUCCUCAUCAUCUAACAACAGCAGCAACAACCACACAUCAGUUGUGGAGCCCUUGGCCAUGAACUCUGUGAAUGGUGUCACCCCUUCUACGAAGCCACAAGUGUUUGAAUACGGACACCAAUCUUCAUCAGGGUUUCCCAGACAGAACUCUUUCCCUGGAGCGUCUAUAGCGGCUCAAAUAACAUCCUCUGCCACUAAUGGAAAGCCAUUUCAGGCCGCAAAAAUGAACUCGCCAUCUUUGGGAAGUCGUUUAUCGCCAGGGUUUAGUAAAGUUUCACCAAAUGGAUCUAGUAGUUUAAAUAAUCACCGUGAUCGAUCACCAAGUUGGAAUCAUAAACUCUCAAACUCUUCCCAUAGUAGUCAACAACAACAACAGCAGAGCCGUAAACCAUUUGGAAAACAGUUAUCACAUAAAUACUAGGAGAAGGGUAGGAUGUAAAUAGGUGUUGAAACAUUGCUAAAGUGUGGUGGGAAAAAGUGUGUUCAAGUAGAUAUACUACAUAGUUGGGUUGAUUGUCAAAGGACUAGAGGCUUCUACAGUUAUUUUGUUGAUUUUACAAGAACAGGCAGCAUUUGUUUAUUUGUUUUUGUUAGUUAAUGCCAUGAAUUAGUUAAUGAUAAGCUUGUAAAUAUUAGGAUAAUAUAUUGCAUCAUGUACAAAACUUUUAUCUUGUAUAACUGCUCAUGAAUUAUGUUUUUCUAUCACUGUUAGAGGUAGCUAUUUCUGCAUUGUCGAUGUAAGUGUUUUGCUUGAAUGGAUGAUUAACCUAUUUGGCCCACUUUUUUCGAAAGACGAUAAUGUAGGAAACUAUUGACGUGCCAGAUUAAAUAAUUAUUUAAAGCACUUGCUUUAUUGUUUCGGGAGGUGGUGUCAUCAUUGUAAGAGAUGAAGAUACGUUCAAAUGUGGCUAACAUUUUAGAAAAGUCAAAUCAGACACUGUUUACUUAAAGAUGCACUCUCACAGAUUGAACGUUUUGACAACUUUUUUAUUUUUUUGCCUUGGAACGAGCCAGUUUUGACAACUUUUUUUUAUUUUUUUGCCUUGGAACGAGCCAAUUUUUGCAAAAAUUCAUGGAACCAAUUAUAUAAGACUGCUGACAAAAAAUCAGAUCUCAGAUUUUUAUAUUAAGUUCUAAAAUUGAUAUUUUAUGCAUUUUUAGUAACGGUUUAAGCCAUAAAACAUUAAUUUUCUAACGGAAACAUGAAAUUCUACAAUCUUAUUUUGUCAGCAAUCUCAUAUAAUUGGUUUGCAGAUAUUUACUAAAAGAUUUGCUCUUUCCAAGACAAAAAAUAAAAAAAAGUUGUUAAAAUGGUCAAUCUGUGAGAGUGCAGCUUUAAUACAGUUUAACAAAAGAAAAUUAUCGCUUUCUGUGACAGCAGUCAUUAAGUGCUUCAUAUUGAUGGGAAAAACUUUGCUUACUGAUUAUGUGUAAAAUUCAAACAAUAGUACUUGUAUUUCUAAAGUGUCAUAACUGUUCGUGCAUGUGUUUUGUGUUGAUCAAUCUGUGUUUAUUUAUUAUGUGAUUUCUGUUCUUGUUUUUUUGUCUGUCUUUUCUUUUCAUUAUCAACUCUUUAUCUUGAUAUGUAAAUAGUCUAUGUCUACCUUUCUUGGACAGUAUACCACUGUUCAAAAUAUUCUAGUAAGGUGUACAAAUAAUUCCCUUGACACUAAGCCUACUGUUCUUUGUUGUACAGUGUACAUAUGUAUAUACAAAGCUUUGUAAAUAGAGAUGUCUAUUUUUGUACAUGUACAGCAUUGUUGUAAUGUUUUCAAAGAGCUUAAUUUUACGUUUAUUUCUAGGGCAUCUUUUUGUAAUUAACAAAUAAACACCAUGUGGUGAAUAGUUAUUUCCUAGACAAUGAAACCGUUUUCUAUAUCAUGAUAAACUAAGCAGGACAAUUGCUCGAUAUUUAAGUAAUAGUUUGAACAUCUUACAUAUUUAAGUAAUAGUUUGAACAUCUUAGGUAAAAUCUAAAUUAUUAAGAAUAAGUGGGCAAAAUGAAUAAGCUGUUAGUUAUUAAGAGUUGACAUAAUAUUUUCUAACUCUCUAAUUGAAACUUAUUUUCAGGAGGUUGGGAACCAAAAUUGGCUGUUAGGUUUUAAAACUGUAAUUCUUAACGAUUAAACGAGUUACUUAUUUAAGGUAAACAGAUGUUUUCAUUGGCAGCAAUUGAGGGUUAUAAAUUGUUAAAAAAAAGUUUUACUUGUGUAGUGAUAGAAGUUCUGCCCAUGAACAAAGCUAAAGAGGCAACAAAACUACACACAAAGUUGAAAAGUGGAUUUUUUGUGAAAACUGUUUAUUCACAUGGUGCAAUUGUUUUACAAUACUGUUAGAUAUUCCGUACAUAAUGUCAUUGUUAUUAGAUUUAUUAAUGGUUUAGAGAAAAUAUUAGAAAAAUAUCAUGAAAAUACUGUCUACGUUUUGAACCAUGUGUUAUAGGAUAACUUACAGAGACUUAAUGUGCUAAAAGUGUAAUAUUUGAUGUUUAUUUGUGCAGCUAUUUAAACGUGUGUCAUACUGUUACUUUCUAAGGAAGUAUUCCGAAUAUUUCUGGUAUUAACCCUUUAGCGCAUGUAUACGAGAUAGGCCGACAUAGCUCAUUAACAGAUGUAUACGCAUCUGGCCGACCGUAUCCAUUACUGGAUGUAAACGAAUGGCCCGCAUAUUUCAAUAGGGUCAUUUCAAUAUUUCAAUUUUGCAUCUUUCUUUUUGUAAACAAUAUCCCGGAUGUUUAUAAAAUUAAAGUUUAACCUUUUGUGUAUUGAUUUUCCCUUGAAAAUAUCGUCUGCUAAAUUGAAAAGGUGUUUAUACUCCCAAUCGCAAGUGUGAUAUCCCAUUGUGACGUAAUAAGACCACGAGCUAAGUACUGUAUGGAAUUUCCCCCAAAUUCAUUGAUGCGUAAAUCAUUAAAUAUAUUACGUCAGUUCAGUUUACCAUUAAAAUCAAUUGAGAUUAUAUUUACUUCAAGGUAAUAUUUUGUUUACAAACAAAAGAAACAAUUAGUAAAUGAGAAAAUGAUGGGUAAAUUUUCUGUGAAGCUUAUAUAAUGUCCAUCAUAGUUUUGGCUGUAAAAUAGGUCAUGUGCAAGCGUUUUGUUUGAUCUAGAUCUUUUUAUUCAUACCGGAAAAUCAUUUAUCGGCUUUCUUUUUUUUGUAAACAAUUUUAUGAGGGGGUAAUAAAGUUAAACAGACACCUUGGACUGGAUCUCUCAGCUGGAUGACACCGGAUAUUCCUGACAUAUUUCUGUGUAUUAAUACACAAGAACAUAAAUUGUCGGCUUUUUAAUCCAGAUGGGUCUUUUUUAUGAUAGGGGUAAUAAAAAUUAGAUCGAUCCCAGCAUUUUAUUACCCUUUGAUUUAAUGCACUUAUGACAUUUCCAAGAAAUGUUACAAUUCCAUCUUGAAAAUACAUUCACAGCUGAAAUAAAAUAAUUUAAUAUUUCAUUAUUGACACCAUUUAUUAGUUAAUUUCUAUAAAAAAUGUAUUCACAUAAAAAAGAUUUGGACACAAUUAUUUGGAGUAACAUUGAUUUUAAGGUCAUACUGCUGUAUUCAUUUUCUCAUUUUCAAAUAUCCAGAAAAGUACCUAUACAGAUAAGGACUGCUUAUCGGUAAGAUGGCUAUUGACUGGGAGGUGUAAUCUGGCCACUUGUCUAUGUGCUAAAGGGUUAAACUGAAAUUUAAUGAUGAUAAAGCUUGAAUAAAAUCUGUUUUGCUCAUAAUGAAAUUUGAUACGUAGAAUGAAAAUAAUCCUUCUUCAUUUAUGAAGUGAAAACAUUUAUAAUGGAAAUCUCAUGCAACAAUGCCUAAAAUCAGCAAUUUAAAAUCUAAACAAAAAAUGCUGAAAAUUAAAUAUGGUAUAACAUGCCUUUAUAACAAGAUCACGUUUUGAUUACUAUCAAAUAUGUAUUGUACGAUGCCAUCAACUUACAGUUUUCUGUGUUGCAAAGUUUUGAGAGGCCUCGGUUUAGUGAUGUUUGUUGCAAUGUUCCAUAUAUAUAUAUCACAUUCAUCAAUGUCAGUUUAGUGAUGAUAUUUGUUGCAAUGUUCCAUGUAUAUCACAUUCAUCAAUGUCAGUUUAGUGAUGUUUGUUGCAAUGUUCCAUAUAUAUAUAUCACAUUCAUCGAUGAGAUGUAAACAUUUGGUGCAUUUGGACAACAUUUGUGACAUGAAUAGUAAAUUUGAAAUUACA